UUAAAAAUGGGGAAUACAAGUAGUGAGCGAGCUGGACUGGAGCGUCAUGGGCAUAAAGCAUCCCGAGGUGACAGCUCAGGAGGAGCCAUCAGCACGAAAGAGGGUGAUAGACCAAAAAUCUUAAUGGACAGUCCUGAAGAUGCAGACUUGUUCCAUCCAGAGGAAAUGAAGGCUCCCUUGGAGAAAGAAGAAUUCCUAGCCUGGCAACAAGAUCUGGAAGUGAAUGACAAAACCCCCACUCAAGCUCGACCAACAGUCUUUCGCUGGACUGGAGGAGGGAAAGAAGUUUAUUUAUCUGGGUCCUUCAAUAACUGGAGUAAAAUUCCCCUGACAAGGAGUCACAAUAACUUUGUGGCAAUCUUGGACCUGCCAGAAGGAGAGCACCAAUACAAGUUCUUUGUGGAUGGGCAGUGGACACACGAUCCUUCAGAGCCAGUUGUAACCAGCCAGUUAGGGACUGUCAACAACAUCAUACAGGUGAAGAAAACAGACUUUGAAGUAUUCGAUGCUUUGAUGGUGGACUCCCAGAAAUGUUCAGACAUGUCUGAGUUGUCAAGUUCACCACCUGGACCGUACCACCAGGAGCCCUACGUUUGUAAGGCAGAGGAGCGCUUUAAAUCGCCACCUAUUCUUCCUCCCCACCUGUUGCAGGUUAUCCUGAAUAAGGACACAGGCAUUUCUUGCGAUCCUGCUCUACUCCCUGAACCCAACCACGUCAUGUUGAACCACCUCUACGCACUUUCUAUCAAGGAUGGAGUGAUGGUGCUUAGUGCUACACAUCGUUACAAGAAGAAGUACGUGACUACUUUGCUGUACAAGCCAAUAUGAACAUCAUAGUAAUUCGUGACCAAUUGUUCUGGGCCAGUGCAGUCUCAGAAAAAAAAAUAUUCUUCUCUUAACCAAAUGUUUUCUUGCUCUGUGCUGUAGCAAAUGAACUCUGAUUUCAAUUUGUUUCUGAGACUUCCAAGUUCUCCUGUAUUUGCCUUAUUUUCCUG